AUGGCUGAGUUUGCCACCCACUUUGACAUCCCCUACGCCGAUGUAUCCAGCCCGCGACACGCCCUGGACUUGUACAUCCCGCCCUCCGCUUCUCCCUCAACUCCGCUCUUCGUCUGGAUCCACGGUGGCGCCUGGCAGGAGGAGUGCAAGGAGAACUCCCGGCCCUCUUUCGCCCCUCUCCUCGUCAAGCAUACUGGCUUGCCGGUCGCCUGCGUCGAAUACCGCCUCUCCCCUCACGUCUCGCACCCGGCGCACAUCCUCGACGUUAUCGCCGGCUUCGAGACUCUCACCGGUCCUCUACUCGAGUGCGAAGGCGGCGAGGCCAAGUGGGACCGCAAGACGCUCUUCAUCGGCGGUCACUCCGUUGGCGCAUGGAUGACUACCACGCUCGUCCUCCGUCCUCCCCCCGGCCACGAUUCGUUCUUUGUCCCCACCCACAUCCGCACCGCCAUCAAGCGCGCCAUACCCGUCGUCGGCAUCUACGACCACGUCUCGACGCUGGAGGAAUACCCCGACUACCAGGAGUGGGUGGCGGCUGCCUUCCCCGAUCCCAGCAAAUACAAGACCGAAUCUCCAGCGCGGUGGGACAAGUUCGACGACGAGGCGGGCAAGAACCUGCAAUUCCUCGUCAUCCAGUCGUGGGAAGACGAGCUCGUCAGCCCUCGUCAAGCGCGAGUUCUGAUUCGCCGACUCAGGCAGCUGUACGGUUCAGCGUUGGCGAAGGAGAUGGAGAUCCCGGCAGAGGCUCCUGUGGAGGAGGAGGAGAAGAAGCAGCUCCCGCCGAACGUGGAGGUCGACUUUGACUCGGUCGGGUCGACGCACAUGGGCAUGUUGGACCGGGAGGAACUGCCGAGGCGGAUCGGGCAGUACUUGCAGGACGUGCGGAAGUAG